AUGGAGAAUAAACACAUGCAAACCAAUCCCAAUUUCUUUAGUGAAUACUUUGAGAGUUUGCCUGUUGGCUAUCGUUUUAUGCCUACUGAUGAUGAACAUAUUCUUCAUUACUUGAUGAAAAAGGCCAAUAAUGAGAAGCUCCCUCGCAACAAGAUUAACGUGGUUAAGCUAUACGAUUUCAACCCAGAAGAACUUGCUGAUGAUUACAGGUUAAGUGGAGAGAACGAGUGGUUCUUCUUUACACCGAGGAGUAAAAAAUACAAAAAUGCGACAAGACCAAAUCGAGCUGCAGGCAAUGGCUACUGGAAAGCAUCAGCGGCUGACACUGUAGUCACUCACAAUGGUGUAAAUGUCAGAUCUCGAAAGACGGGGGUAUGCUGUGAUGGAAAACUUCCAAAGUGUAAAGAGAGUAAGACCUCUUGGAUUAUGCAUGAAUAUAAAGUAAAUAAUCCACCACCGGUGCAACGAUCGAGUGCAGAUAACGUGAAGGUAAAUCUUUCUACCUAUCAUUAA